AAACAGUUGAUUUUAUCUAUCGAUGUAAAGUGCAAGUCGUAAAAAAAAUGUUAUACAUCAUUUUUUUAAUAAUCAUAUUAAUAUUUUUUAUUAUUAAAAAUAAAAUUAUUUGGAUGGAAUUAAGAAAUAUCAUUUUUAGUGAACAAAAAGAUAAUAAUGAUCGUACAAUUCCGGAAAAUAAUAUGAAAAAUGAAAAUUUGAUUCCUACUAGUGUCAAUUAUCAUUUUACGAGGUUGUGUAAUUACGAAUGCGGUUUUUGUUUCCAUACUGCGAAAACUUCAUUCAUGUUAAAUUUGGAAGAUGCUAAAAAAGGAUUGAAAAUGUUGGAAAAAGCUGGUAUGAAAAAGAUUAAUUUUAGUGGAGGAGAACCUUUUUUACCAAAUCGAGGAAAACAUUUAGGAGAAAUGGUGAAAUAUUGUAAAAAAGAUCUGAAACUAGAAUCUGUUACUAUUGUAUCCAAUGGAUCAUUGAUUAAAGAGAAUUGGUUUGAAAAAUAUGGAGAAUACUUAGAUAUUAUAGCAAUUUCGUGCGAUUCUUUCAAUGAAGAAACCAAUAAGAUUAUCGGAAGAGGACAAAAAAAUAAAAAUCAUGUCGACCAACUAAUGAAAGUACAACAAUGGUGUCAAAAAUACGAUGUAUUGUUUAAAAUUAAUACUGUUGUAAAUACUUACAACCAAAAUGAAGAUAUGAGCGAACAAAUUAUAAAACUAAAUCCCAUAAGAUGGAAAGUAUUUCAAUGUUUAUUACUAGAGGGUGAAAACGUUGGUCCGGACGCCUUGCGUAAUGCAGAACGUUUUUAUAUAUCAGAAAGCGAGUUUAAUGAAUUUUUAGAAAGACAUAAAAAAGUUGAAUGUUUGGUACCGGAAUCUAAUACAAAAAUGCAAAAUAGCUAUUUGAUAUUAGACGAAUAUUUACGGUUUUUGGAUUGUACAUCUGGUUCGAAACGUCCAUCCAAAUCGAUAUUAGACAUUGGUGUAUCUAAUGCAUUAAAAUUUUCUGGAUUCGACGAAGGAAUGUUCAAAAAACGGGGUGGUAUAUACAAAUGGUCAAAAGAAGCAACAAAACUCGAUUGGUAAUAAUAAUAAAUUAAUAAUAAUAAUGUUUAUAAUGUUAUAUCCAUUAUAAUAACUUACAAUGUUAUCAGUUUUAGUAUUUUAGUAAAAACAAUCAGUAUUUGUAGAUAAUUAUUUUAACGUUACGAAUUAUAUUUUUGUUACCUGGAUGAAAUAAAACUAAUUGUAAAAACAAA